CACUUAAGUUAGGUUAUAUUUUGAUCUUCAAUAUAUGAAAAUAUCAACAAAAUGUCAAGAAAAAAACAUAAUGUAUCAUACAUAAAACCAAAUGAGCCAAAAUUUUUACGUGAAUUAAAAGAACAAAUUGGGUAUAAGGAAGGACCUACGAUCGAUACAAAAAGAGAAGUAUUACCACAAGAUUCAGAUAAUGAAGAAGAAGUACGUGAUGAAGAAAAGCCUAUUGUAGUUGUAUUGAAUCAUGAACAUUUAUCUGAAGAACAAGCAGAAGAGUAUAAGAAAAAGAAAGAACAAGAGGAAGCUAACGCUCCGGCAGAUUUAUCUAAGAGAAUUAUAUUUAGGAAAAACAAAAUAACAAAAGCAGAAUCAGAUAUAGCAGAUAGACCAGUAAGAAAAAAAAUAAAAACAGUGAAACAAGAAAAAGCUGUAUUAUCUUUUAAUGAUGAUGAUGAAGAUGACUUAUAA